AUGGCCCGUGGAAUGUAUUUUGCCUUUAACAAGGAUGAGCGUCGAGAAGCACUUACUGAAUUAGCCGGGGAAAAGAAAUGGUUUUGCAAAACUCGUGACGAUGAGCAAAAACUGCUGGCCAAAAUGACGAAUCUGGUACAGGAGACAUUUUCAUGUAUUCGAACUGUUAUAGAAUUUGCAGCGCAAAAACAAACAAUCAACAAGAAGAAAGUGGAGGAACAACAAAUUUUUGUAACGAUGCCAUGUAAAAUCAUAUGUAAACUUGAGGGCAUUCAUCAAAUUCUUGCUUCUAGAUAUGAGCGAUUAACAAUUGAGCUUAAUCGGAUGACGGAGCAGCGUCUUACUGCUUCAUCCAUAUAUGACGCUCUUGCCCAGGUUCUCUUAACUGAGUUCAUUUUUACGGCAGCUUUAUGUUACGGUAUGUGGCGUGUGGGCGAUGCUAAUCCGGGGCGUCUUGCUGCGUUGGCGAUCAACAUGCUCUAUAUGUGCGUUACAUCGAUUAGCAUUGGUUUUCACAUGACAGGUGCGGCAACAGCUCGGAAAAAUGCCGAUGAAAUGAAUGCAAUUCUGGAUGAAACGCCAAACAUUGAGUGUAACAUCAAUAGGCACAAAGAGAGCAUGCUGGCACCACGUGGACUUGGUACCAUCGAAUUCAAGGAUAUUCAUUUUGCUUAUCCGAGCAGACCUGAUAUUGAGGUUUUGCGAGGAGUCUCAUUUACGGUAUCAGCGGGUGAGCAUCUUGCAAUUGUUGGCCCAAGUGGUUCUGGAAAAAGCACUUUAACUGCUUUGAUGCUACGUUUCUAUGAUCCGACAAGUGGUCAUAUUACAUUGGAUGGUUUCAAUUUGAAACGUCUGAAUCCAGAUAAUUUGAGAGCGCAGCUUGGUUUGGUCAGUCAAGAGCCUGUUCUUUUUGAUGGUACCAUAAGUGAUAAUAUUCGGUACGGGCGUCUGGAUGCAACACAAGCGGAAGUCAAUGAGGCGGCACGAAAAGCCGAAGCAUGGCAAUUUAUUUGUGCUCUACCGGAAGGGAUGAAAACUCGAGUUGGCGACCGUGAUAAUAUUCGGUACGGCCGUCUGGAUGCGACACAAGCGGAAGUCAAUGAGGCGGCACGAAAAGCCGAAGCAUGGCAAUUUAUUUGUGCUUUGCCGGAAGGGAUGAAAACUCGAGUUGGCGACCGCGGUCUUCAGUUGUCUGGUGGCCAGAAGCAACGUGUUGCGAUUGCACGUGCAGUAAUUCGUGAUCCGUCGGUGAUGAUUUUCGAUGAGGCUACAUCGGCACUGGACACGAAGCAUGAGGUUGAAGUGCAGAAAGCAAUCGACGCCGCCAGUCAAGGUGUUACUACCGUCACAAUAGCACAUCGACUGAGCACAGUUCGCAAUGCGGAUCGCAUAAUCGUUUUGGAGUGUGGGCAAAUUGUGGAGGAAGGGAGCCCGGAAGAAUUGCUAGCGAACAGAGAUGGUCGUUUUCAUCGGAUGUACAACGAUCAGAAGCUCGAUUCGCUGGCUGUUGAUAAGCUGGUCGCAAAUCCUCGUGCUCGGGCCAAAGUUUCUUUGGCUUCACACUUCUCGAUGACCCCCUUCGAUUUUAUUGAUGCCGAAACAUAUCGCCGUGCCUGGGCGCGUUCCUCACUGGGAGCCCAUAAACGAUUGGGUAAAUCGUAUACCGUACUCAGUACCAAUCGUGCAAAAUUAGCGCUACCGGUGAUGUCCAAGAAACGGAGCGGCAUGGAUACACCGUUCAAGACCAAUAUCAUGGAGGUAGCAAUGGAGGAUAAAGCUGCCUACGAUGAUGACACUUCGCUCCCAGGAAAAAAGACAAAUUUUAAUGCUGUUUGGAAUUUGAUCAAGAGCUACAAGGGCGGAUAUUCACAUUUGAUUCUUGCUAUUCCGGCCACCAUUCUUCGUGGAUUUUUCUUCCUUCUUGUCUGCUUUGAAGUAUCGUCGGUGCUUGAGAUAGCACUUGCUUCAAAUGAAGAAGUGGCCCAGCAAGUGUUUAUUACUGCAGCAGUCUAUACAGCGCUGAUUAUCAUCAAAACAAUGUUCGAGGCUGUUGGGCGUCUAUUUAUUGCACUGUACGGACAUGGCUUUUGUGGUUACAUGCGCAGCGAAAUGUUUCGUCGGGUACUGAGACAUGGCGCAGCUUACUUUGAUGAAGAAGUCAAUACACCAGGACGCCUGGCCCAUAAACUCAUUUCCGAUACAACUACUCUAAACAGGGUAAGUUUACUUAUUGAAAUAAACAAUUCUAAAUGCAAACCUGCGCACAGUUUUAAGCCAGGGACGCAAAUUAUUGCUACAGGCGGACACAUUACCCCUUUGAUCGUCCAUCACUAAUU